ACUAGCGUGGCAGGUCGCGAGUGCGCAGCCUCAGUCACAGUCACACGUGGUUCUCCGGUGCUGCUGCUGGUCGGUGCUGUGCGGGAGGCUCCGGCUGCAGGUUCCUGUGCGGCCACGCAUCAUGUUACCGUUCUCACUGCGGCGUCUGGUCCAGCCUUUAAGAAGAUGCUGCCAUGUGCGAGCCCAGCAUACAAAACCUGCAUCUCAAGCUGGGAGCCAGUUCUGGAAUGGGCAGGAAAGCUUGGCUGAGAAUGACCCUGAAAUGUGGGACCUUGUACAGAAGGAGAAGGACAGGCAGUGCCGUGGACUGGAGAUGAUCGCCUCUGAGAAUUUCUGCAGUCGAGCGGCUUUGGAAGCACUUGGUUCCUGCCUCAACAACAAAUACUCUGAGGGCUAUCCUGGAAAGAGAUAUUAUGGAGGGGCUGAGGUGGUGGAUCAGAUAGAGUUGCUCUGUCAGCAGCGAGCAUUGGAAGCCUUCAGACUGGACCCAGGAAAGUGGGGUGUGAACGUGCAGCCGUAUUCUGGGUCUCCCGCCAAUUUUGCAGCGUACACCGCUCUGCUGCAGCCACAUGACCGCCUCAUGGGGCUCGAUCUUCCAGAUGGAGGGCACUUGACCCAUGGGUACAUGUCUGAUGUGAAGCGCAUAUCUGCUACCUCGAUUUACUUUGAAUCUAUGCCUUACAAGCUAAAUCCAGCCACUGGGUUGAUUGACUAUGACCAACUGGAGAUGACAGCCCGACUCUUCCGCCCGAAGCUCAUCAUCGCCGGGACCAGCGCUUAUGCAAGAUUGAUUGAUUAUGCCCGCAUGAAGAAGGUAUGCGACGACGUGAAGGCGUACCUCCUGGCUGACAUGGCGCACAUCAGUGGUCUUGUAGCGGCAGGUGUGAUUCCAUCUCCUUUUGAUCAUGCUGAUGUGGUCACCUCUACAACUCACAAGACUCUCCGAGGAGCCAGGUCUGGACUGAUAUUUUAUCGUAAAGGCGUGAAGUCGGUGGAUAAGAAAACCGGAAAAGAAAUUCUUUACAACUUUGAAGAUAAAAUCAACUUUUCAGUUUUCCCUUCAAUCCAAGGAGGUCCUCACAAUCAUGCAAUAGCGGCAGUAGCAGUGGCACUAAAACAGGCCAGUUCUCCGAUGUUCCAGCAAUAUGCCGUGCAGACGCUGAAAAAUGCCAAGGCCAUGGCAGCCUCCCUGCUCCAGAAGGGUUACACGCUUGUUUCAGGAGGUACCGAUAACCAUCUGGUUUUAGUAGACCUGAGGCCCAAGGGUCUGGAUGGAGCCCGGGCUGAGAGGGUGCUGGAGCUGGUGUCCAUAACCGCCAACAAGAACACAUGUCCUGGAGAUAAGAGCGCUAUUACUCCUGGUGGCCUAAGGCUGGGUGCCCCUGCUCUCACCUCCCGCAAUUUUAAAGAGGACGACUUCAAAAAAGUGGUUGAUUUUAUUGACCAAGGAAUUGCUAUUGGACUUGAUGUGAAGAGCAAGACAGCUAAACUGCAAGACUUCAAGAACUUCCUUCUCGAGGACCAAGACACAGUACAGCGCAUUGCAGAUCUCCGUCAGCGUGUAGAGAAAUUUGCCCGUGCCUUCCCCAUGCCAGGGUUUGAGGAACGUUAAACUAUGACUUGUUUCUGAGAAGACGGCUACCUUCAUUUUGCCCUCUACCAUCUGUAGCCCAUCUGUACCAAUUAACUUGGACAUGCUUUCCUGUUACUAUGCAUUACUCCUUCUCCAAACAUUUUUCUAACAGACUCCUUCCAGCAGAUUCAAUUUUCUGUGUUGGAGUCGGCUGUAGGACUGUAUGGACAGAUUGUGUAGCCACAGCAGUGGAUGUUCAAGUGGCAUUUUUAGGUUUCAUUGGCUGUCAAUAAAAGCAAUAGCAUACAUUGUCUGGAUUCCAUGCCUAUCUUGAAAUUAGACUGGCCAACAUGUACCACCUCAAUGUAAUACUUUGCUACCUACAACAUAACCACCUUUUCUUUUUUUGUGACCUUUACUAAGGCUCUUGGCAUAAUUUGGGUAUUUUAUAAAAUCGGUCAUGGAGAAUGUUCAUGGAGUAAGCUUGUUAGUGUAUUGUAGACAAAAAUGUAGUGUGCCUCCAGUGAAAAAUUAAAUCUUCAGAGUUCUUAGAUCCUCAUAUACAGUACCUUUUUGUGAAGCCUUUUCCUUCCUACUUAGCCAUUUUUGCUUUAGAUCUCUCGUGUGACACGUUCCACCUGUUAAUAUUGUCAAUGUUGGGCUCUGUCCUCCUGGACUUUGGCCUCCAUGUAUAACUGAGGCCACAAAGCUGUGAUUAAUAGAAGACCGAUA